CCUACAGACCGCAUAGACUUUCUCAUAUUACUCCAUCUCAGUCAAGAAACAACAUAAACAUGUCGGAAGGCGACUGGCGGAACCGUUAAAUAGACCGCCCCGGCCACCCGAAGUGACCUGGACACACCGUCGAUAGUUGACCCACUUUUGCUUUUAUGGUUUCCGUCGUGCCGACGGCUGACAACCCAGGAAGAUGCCGCAGAAAACGCUGGGAUCCAUUGUAGGGCUCCUGUGUACCGGGGUCUCUCUGGUGCAGGGCAAGGAGUUCUGUUUUGGAGUGAACAAUGAGCAAUACCGCUGCGAGAUGGGGUACUGCUGUGGAGAGACGGAAUGCUGCACUUAUUACUACGAGCUUUGGUGGUUCUGGUUAGUUUGGACCUUGAUCAUCAUGCUGAGUUGCUGCUGUGCCUAUCGGCACCGCAGGGUGAAAAUGCGGCUACAGCAGGAGCAACGUCAGCGGGAGAUCAGCCUAAUGGCUUACCAGGGCGCCUCCAGCUCCUUCAUUUCGCCUCCACCUCUCAACCUCAGAUUCUGGAAUGACUGCAAACUUCCCGACUACGAGGAGGUUGUGGGCCAUCCACCCACACCACCGCCACCUUACUCAGAAAACCCUCCCGAGGCAGCUCCAGCGCUUCCUGAUGAAGUUAGUCAGCCCAUCGUUACUGUCGCCGCGGCGUUGCCACCAGAACCCUCGCAAGCAACUCAGCCCGGGCCCACCGCCAAUGCCUUAAACUCAAACCAGGACGCCGCUUCUUCGUCACUGACCUCGGCUCGAGAGGAUGCUGCAGAUCCACCCGAUGAGGAGGAAGAUGAGCUCAUCACUCGCCGCCGGCAUGUGACCGGCGACUCAGGGAUAGAGGUGUGCGUCUGCCAGCUGGAUGACGGCUCAGGGCUGGAGGAGGAGAGCGAUGAGGAGCGGCGCGUGUGCGGGGCUGCUGGCGGGGAAUGCUGUUCACGCCAUCAGCAGCACGCCUUCAGACACAAGGAGCACACCUGCGACAUGCCCAGCCAAACCACCAGCACUGGAGACAGCAUGGUGUGAGCUAACAUGUCUCCUACCAGACCAGCCAAACCGGUGCGAAACCCGACUUUAGCAUUGUCACCACGGAGAAUGUCUGUGUCUAAUGUCCCCACUAACGCACUGACAACUUGCAGCGAUUACUAACCCUUCGAGAUGACAUGCUUAUUUGUCCGCGUGGCUCUUGUUUUAUUAUUAUUAUUAUUUUUUUUAGCUUUGCAUACAAUUAAUUGUCUGAGAUUGACUAGGCCAUGGGUUCUCAAACUUUUUCAGAUUCCCUCAAUCCUAACACCAAUUGAACAUGACUACCAUCAGAAUUAAUAUAUAUUUUUUAAAUGUUUCAAUUUGAAUAAUCUUGGCCUGUUUAAUAGAAAGGAACCUUACUUUACUAAUCCAGUUGAAGUUAAUUACCCAUCGUUACUAGCUGUAGAGGUCUGCCUCUACAUAUUCCAUAUACGUACAUACGUAGCUACCUUCCAGAAAAAAAAUGACAAUGGUCUGAGGACUUUUCAUAAUUUCUAGAGGGGGAAAAAACAUGCUAAAAGAAGAGGUGUAGGUGUAGUCUUUGCAAUAACUGUAAUACUUUGUGGGGGUGAAAAGUCGUAAUUCUGCGAGAAAAGUCAUUACGAUACUAAAGUUUAAACGAGUAGAAAGUAAUUUUAGAAAGUUCAUUUCAAAAGUACAACUUUAUUCUUGAAUUCUCAAAAAUCUCCACCAAAUUUCUAUUGGAGAAUACCUUUAGUUCCUUUAAAAAGAAGUUUCCUGUAAUACACAUUUGGUUUAAAAAAAAAAAAAAAAAUGCAGGGACGUCAAAUAUUUGUUGUUGGAUUGAGUGACUUUAAGGGAAGUGAGGAUUCAAAAAAACAAAACAAAAAAAAAAAGCUAAUUAUUUUGCAAAUACCUAAGUUUGAGAACCCCUGGGAUUGAUGACCAUUACUAUUUGUGGCUCAUCAGGAGCAUUUCCGCCCGCUCCCUCAGUUCAACAUGCAACCGUCCGCAUGGGUUGUUGACUGUCAAGACGCAUACCAGCAGGGUCAACCACAUUUUCCUCCAGUCACCACUCGACCGAGCACACUAGUAAAAAAUAAAACUUCGUUGUACUUGACUGACAGAAUGAAAAAGUUUCACCAAAUGUCAGGCGCAGUCAGAAUGGUUACGGGGUUUUCAGAAAUGUUUUUCUUUGUCAUGCUUCUUUAAAAGUCUCCAUCACUCACAUCAAAGGGUGGCUAGUGUGUUUAGUAGUGUACAGUGGUUUCGGAGAAGGGCACCGUAUACAACUUUGCUAGUUUGCUUGAUUAGAUUUUGGGAGGUAUUUGGGUUAUGAAAUUUUGGCCCCAAAUAGUUAAAUGUUGGCGUGACGAUGGUUCUAAACACGGCGGCAGACUUCUCUCUAACCCGAGCUCCUGGCACCCGGGAGUGAUUUGUUUUGGUAUUUUCCACUGGCAGUGGAGCCGGGGGAGGGUUAGAAGAGUUUGAAGUGGGUGCCGGCAGUCUCCAAUUGUGAUGAACAGCGUACUUCUUUCUCUGUUGCUGGUCUCCAUAAUGUUUGUACAAAGGGAUUGUGGUCAGGCGGGGGAGUGUCAAGGCUAGCAGUGGUAAACAACACCAUCUUGCAAGAACGAAUGAGGAAUUUGUACUUGGAAUGAAGGAUAUACAAAAAAAAAAACCCGUUCUAUAGUGAAACACCAUAAGUAAUUGACACGUUCCUAAAAAUGUUUAAAACUGUCCAUUUCAUUAGUUUAAACCAUAAGUGUACUACAAAUUAUCCCAAAACUAAUACAAUUUCAAAUUGUUCUUUCAACACCGCCCUUAGAAAAAGUUGCUUCCAGAUGACUUGAGUCUGAAGUACUGCAGCCAAUUUUUUUUUUUACUUUCCUUGUGCAAACAAAUACUUGUUUUGUGUUGAAUUAAAAUUUGUAAUAGUCACUCAGCUGAGCAAAAUCAAACAUGACAAAGACUAACUUUGCUAACAAGUCAGGCUAAACUGAGCUGCUCUCUGACAUUAAAAGAUCUUGAUACAUCACUUCCUUGAUACAAAUGACUAUAGUCCUAUUAGAUAUGGCUUUCAAUGAAGUAUGGUAGUUUUCUGGAAACGUGCAGGUGUAAUACACUCAAUAUUAGAACUGGGCACUGAAAAUGGUGUAUUUUGGCUCCGAAGUCCGAUACAUGUCCCAAAAUUAUGAGUUCCAUUCCUACUCCAGCAUAACCCAAGUUUAUAGGCAACACGGAACACACCAUAGGCACUCUCACUAAACUAUGUCAAUGUGACAGUAAAGUCCAAAUUACAGUAAAUAUUUGUAUGGUAAACACGUCUUGGCCAUGAAUGUAAAAAAAAAAAAAAAAAAAUAA